AUGGAUGUUGAUAAAACCCUUCAAGAUAAACUUCAACAAAUAACCUCUUUAUUCCCACAAAUAUCACAACGACUUAUCAACGAAGUAAUUCACAUAUGUUACCAAUCAACAAACAUUCCGAAUGUUGUGUUUCGCCUUGAAGAAUUUACACGAUCAAUAUGGCCAACGUACAGACCUAUUGUAAUUGACAUUAUUGAUUGCCUAUGUGACAAAACAAAUGAAACUGAUAUAUUUUUAACAUCACAAUUUAUUAAACAGUUUUCAUUUAGGUUACUUGAAAUUAUUACACUAGUGUCUAUGUGUAGAGACAUUCAGAAACAACAACUUUUAGCAACCAUUCGAAAAUGGAAAACAUUAAAAAUAUUUGAAAAUACAUUAUGUGAAGAAUUAGAGUCAUUGGUCUCUUCAUCAAUUUAUCAAAUCUCUAACUAUGUUCCAACUCAAAAGUUUGUUCCAAGUGCAAAUAAUUGUGUUAAUAAAAAAACAAAUACCUCAACAGAAAUUAUCAACAUCGACUCAUCUUCUGAUGAAAAGUCUUUAAAUCAACAAAUUAAUAAACAAUCUCUUUUACCAAAAUUUAGUAACUCAAAAAAUACUUUACUUCCGAAUACUAAUGAUAAUCUCACAAGAAAUACCUGCCACAAAAGAAAUAAGUUUGAGUCAUAUUAUUUUUCAAGAAGUCAUUCUCUUUCGACAAACCACUGUUAUUCUUCUCAAAGUUUUGACAGUAGAAAUUCGAGAAAUAGAUCUAGAGAGAGAUCAUAUUCUAGAAGUAGUUCAAGAGAUAAAGACUUUGGACUACUUCCUCGUUGGGAGAAUUCAAGAAAUUAUUACCAUUCAAGGUCUCUCAGUAGAUCAAGAAAAAGGAGUUCAAGAUCCUUUUCUAGAAGACAGAUAUCUCCUAGAAGGUAUAAUCGUUCAGAAAGAAGGCAUAGUUAUUCAGAUAGAAGAAGAAGUUUAUCAAAAAGAAGAAGUCUUUUUAAAGAUGAUAGAACUUACCCAUUUCCUGAGAUUAGUAUAAAAGAAGAUUCUGAACCAAAAACAAACCAAUUUAAUAAAACACCUUUCUAUCUAAAAACAAGUAGAGAAGACAAAAGACAAAGUCAACGAAAAAGAAUGAAUGAACUAGAGUUUCAGGCAUUUCAUGAAAUAAAAGAAGGUAGUAGUAGUAGUAGUAGUAAUAGUUAUGACAGUCCUUCUCCAAGAAAAGAAGACCAAGAUUUUUUUGAACGAUCAAGUGAAUUUCUUUGCCAUAAUAAUGUUAGUACUAAAGUAAUAACUAAUAAUGUAAAUAAAAUUAAUACAAAAAUGAUUCAAAAAGAAUUAGAUGAAAUUGUCUUACAACCUCCUAUUCUAGAAAAGAAAAAUGAAACAAAACUAAUUAAAACAAAUGUCGUCAUCUUUUGUGAUAUUCCGUCAUCAUGGAAAACUAAAGAAGAUGUGAUCAACACACUUGGAGGUUCAUCUAUAAAUUCAAUUGAAAUAAUACCAGAGCAUAGGUGUUGUUUUGUCUCAUUUGUUAGACAUGAUGAUGCAAUGAGGUUUAAAGUGUCACCAAUUCCUGGGUCAGGUGCGUGUUGGGGAAAAGAGGUAUGGAUGAAAAAUUAUAUAAUAAGAGAAGAUGGUGUUGUUGAAAUUCCUGUGAAAAUGAUUCCAAAAGAUGUUCAUAUAUUUAAGGAUGGUACAUAUGAAAUUUACUAA